AAUUCUGAAUCGUUUCAGUCAGUCAUCAAUCAGUCAGAUCUUUGUAUUUAUGUGAGAAGUUUAUUUACAAUAAAAAUUUUGAGUUGCUCUAAAAUUUUUAUGGAACUAAAGGAUGUAAUAUGUGAACUUUAAUUUAUUUGAAAGUGUGAUGUGAUUCCGUUAAAUAACUCACUUCUCUUAUCAAAAAGCUACUAGGUUUUCCAUAUAGAACUUACUAUUCUUGUGCAAUCACUUACAUUUACAUUUUUAGUGCACAUCUAAUGUUGCUGUCAUAAUAACUGAUUUUUGAGUAUCAAUAAUUAACAAUAAAACUUUGUGGAAAAUUUUGUUAUGACGACCAGAAAAAGUUUAAAAGGUGGAAAACUUCAAUAUUUUUAUCUGAUUAUUAAAUGUGUUUUCUAAAAUGUCAAAAGAUUGAGUGACCUUGUAGAGAUUGGGUUCUUGAAUAGAUAUCAAUCAGAGAUGAAAAUUUGUUAAUAAUCUUAUAAAAAAGUGUUUUAGGAUUUUUUUGUUCAUGCAUAUUUUAAUUUAAAGAAAUGUCUCCUCCAGAGAGUAUACAUGAAUACAGUUCUUCAGGAACUUGGGAUAGUGAUACUGCUCCUGAAAGUCUACUCAAUCAGUGUUUUCUUUACAUUGUUCGUAAUCUAUCUACAGUAUGCUAUUUAAACCGACAAACAAACCGUUAUGAACUCCAUUCUGGUCUUACCUUGCCUAGAGAACUGUGUGAGAAAUUUUUUCAGUUUUACUUUCAAAAUGUUGGUGUAGUAGAUGACAAAUUUGUCAACAUAUUCAGCAAUCCAAAUGCAACAAAUCUCAAAUGCGUGCGCUUAAGGAAUUCAAAAAUUAGCGAUGAAGGUUUAGAAAUGUUACUAAAACACAAAUUAAUUGAAUUAGACUUGGAGAAAUGUAGAUACAUCACAGAUAAAUCAUUAUCAGUUUUGAAUCAAUAUGGCCAAAAUUUGAUGUAUCUAACAAUUGGAGUUGGUGCUAAAUUAUUACCGGAUGAAAGUGUAAAUUCUGCUUCUGAUGACCUCAUUUGUGGACCAAUCCUAAAGACUCCGAAGUUGAAGAGGCUCUGUAUAAGAAAUUUCAUGCCCACAGGCAUACAAAAAGAUCCCAUGUAUUUCAAUGUGUCUUUUCAGUCUUUAUCAUCUCUCACACACCUUGACCUCUCUGGCUGUAUUGAAAUUGAAAAUUUUACGUUUUUAACUCUUUUGACAAACCUCACUUAUCUUGUGCUUCAUAAUGUUGCAAAAGUACAAGAGGGGUUGCCUUCUAUAUUGCAACUGGUACAUUUAAGACAUCUUGAUAUAUCCCAGUCAAGUGAUAAGUUACGCACUUUCCGGAAUGAAAACUACACACUGGCUGAAAUUGUUAGAUGUCUACCAAAUUUGGUGUCCCUGGAUAUUUCAGGAACAAACUUAGCAGGAACAGGAGUUGCUGAGACAAAGAACGAAAGUGGAAUGGUGAGUGAUAUACCAGGUUUGAAUUCUCGUGUUCUGAACCCUCUGCAGUUCCUCGGUCUCUAUGGAACCCAACACGGUGCGUGUAGGCGUCAUGACAUCCCUGCAAAAGAGAUUUCUGGAGAUGCUAAUGAAAAACAGAUCCUCAAUGCAGCAACAGCUUAUAUAGAUCGAUCAGAAGUUUUACAGCGAGUUUUGAAUGAUCUGUAUCACUUGUUCAGAUACGACCAUUGUGCACAGAUUUCCAAAGCUUUGAAUGUGGUACUAAAUGCAAUGGACAGACAUAUCUCAGAGAAACACAUCCAAAUAUCUGGGAGUGCAACUCUCUUUUACAUUGUGAAAAACAAAGACAUACCGCCUUUCCCUGCCAAGAUCAAAAGGACCACAAUCACUACUCUCUUGAAUGGUAUGAAUGCUCAUAGAGAUGAUGACACAAUGAUGCGGAACGGUUGUCUGACGCUCUGCCAGUUCAAGAUACCCCAUGAUGUGUUGUUUGAGUAUGAACGUCUGGUAUUGAUGUUACUGCAUAUUGUGUCCAAUAUGGAACAAGAAGGGUUUGUGCAGAGGAUAGGCAUAUACUUGCUGAACUCAUUGGCCUGCCAAGUAGACAACUACCAGAAACAGCUGUUGGGAGACCUUUGUGCUAUAGAGAAAAUGUUGAAGCUUAUAGCAGAUCGUAUUAAUCGCAGAGUGUGUGAUGAUGUGCUAGAGGUAGCUUGGUCAACAAUGUGGAACGUCACCGAUGAAACGCCCAUCAACUGUGAAAGGUUCUUGGACGGUUCUGGCAUGACACUCUUUUUAGAUUGCCUUAAAUUAUUUCCAGACAAAGAGGAAUUGAUGCGAAACAUGAUGGGUCUUCUGGGAAAUGUGGCAGAAGUGAAAUAUCUGAGGCACCGCCUCAUGGACCCGAAGUACAUUGAGAUGUUCAGGAAACUGGUUGACUCUUGCAGUGAUGGUAUUGAGGUUAGCUACAAUGCAGCCGGAGUUCUGUCCCACUUGGCGUCAGACGGGCCACAGGCCUGGAGAAUCGAAUGUGGAGAUCGUCAGGACGUGCUGGAUGCUAUGGUGAGGGCCAUCGACAACUGGAACUUGAACACCGAGCGCAACAUCAACUACCGAAGCUUUGAGCCGAUCUUGCAGUUGGCCAGAGUGCGCCACACUCCCGAGUGUCAGCACUGGGCAGUCUGGGCACUAGCCAACCUGACCCGAGUCUAUCCUGAUAAAUACUGCUCUCUUGUUGAAACUGAAGGUGGGAUUGAGAUCCUGGAGGAGGUGGUAGGAGAUGAUCGGCCUUACAAACGCAUCAAAGAACUAGCCAGGCAGGUUCUAAACCAUUGCCAGCAGUACAAAGAGAAGGGGAUUGUGGAGAUGGAGACACCGCAGCCCUCAUAUCAACUCGAUGGUUAAUCAGUUUCCAUUUGUGAUAAUGUUACUUUUAAGGAAUUUCAUUAAAAAAAAAAACAAUAUUUUAUUUGUUGCCAAGAAAAAAGUUUGUUAUACAGAUAGUUUUAUUUUAUAUAGUCUUCAUUGUUGAUUUUUCAUUGUAGGUUUUAAUAAUUUAAGACGAUUUUUGCAAGGUGUUUGUAAAUUUGUACAGACUUCAAUAUAAUAUGAAGGACAACACUGUACAUAUAGCUUUACACAUAUUCUUUAAAAUUGUUUGUUCCGAUUAAUGCACAGUAGUUAAAAUAUUAUUUUGUAAAAAUUGUUGUGAUAAAUGCAUAAAUAUUACCUUUAAUUAUCAUACUCA